AUGAUCAUAGUUGGCGCGACCUUGAUGGCGGAGCAGAACCUCUCCACGCUGGCCCCUGUCCUCUCAAGUCGCCCAACACACCACCUCACCUCAUUCCAUCUGCAUCUCACCCAUCCCACCUCAACACACUUGCAUUCCAUACUCUACCACCAUCAUUCCACUGCAUACACCAUUCUUCAAGUCCAUAACCCAAAUCAGAUGUCAGCUAAAGGCACAAGCCUAACAGAAGCUCCUACAGUGGAUCGGCAUGCUAGCUCAGCGAAAUUUCUAAGUUCUCCUCUCUCUCCCAUCCCAAAGGUAAGAAAUGUUUAUGAGGAAAGCUCUAAGAGCAAAAGGAAAACAAGUAACCACGACCGUUCCGAUCACGACCACGACCCGAUUGUCCGUCCGACCGUCCCGACCGACCGUCCGAACGCCGCGGUCGACCCAAAGCCGUUUUUGAAGCCCAAUCCGCCCAAUUCAAGCCCAAGUUUCGCUUGCUUUUACUUUGUUCUUGCUUGUUACUCUUUCUAG